UCCAGAUGAUCCAGAAGAGAACGGUUUCCGAUCAUUAACAGGGCACUGGCCUUCACUACAUCAUCUGCUUAACAGCAUGGGAUGCUGUGAUCUCCCAAAUACUAUUGUUCAAUGUUAGUCACAGUAUUCACAGCUUGUUCCCCGUCUGGGCAUCAAAUAGCACAGAUGUAGAGGUACACUCGAGAAAAACUAAAUAUGGAAAAUGCUUACUUGGCUGAUUGAAUGAGUGGGCUUGAGUGAGAGGAAAGAGCAAGAGAGCGCGAGAACAUGCGACCUAUCGAAAGAGCUGAAUCAAGAGAGGCGUUUCGGCACCAUUCUCCGGGAGAGUAGACGCGACAUUUGCCGCAAGUAAUGUUAGAAAGGAGUGGAGUAAAUGAGAACGAAAACUCUUAUUUGGUGUGGAUUAUUUCUGGAAAAACAAAGCCCUACCAAAACGGAAACUAGUACAACAUUAGAAACAACAUACAAAGAUUGGAAUAAUACGGUCGCUGUCUACAGGACCAAACCCAUGAUGUACCUCGCCUGCUCUGCAGCCCCAUCAACAUCCAGUCUUUAGAGGAAGCGGCCGCACCAGCAUGUCCUCCCACCCCCAGUCUGUGCCUCAGGGCCGGAGGGCUGUGGACAUCCGCCACCUGCCAAACCCUGCCAGUCUACCGCUGCAGCUGGCACGGGCACACACGGAUGUGGGACUGGUGGACUACCAUCCUCACUCUCGGGACUACAGCUCACACCUGGCUCAGCCCCACCGCCGCCGGCCCUCUCUGCUGUCUGAGUUCCAGCCAGGGAAUGAGAGAGGUCAGGAGCAACACAUCCGCUAUGAGCACAUCUACUUACCUGAGCCCAACAACCAAUCAGAGGUGGAGUAUGUUGAGAUAAAGCGUCCCCGCCUGGACCUUGGGGCGGAGUCUCUCAUGAGGCACUCAUCCCACCGCCCACAACUUCCUCUGGGAGGGGCUGAGGACAUGUCAAAGGACCGGGGCAGCUCCAUGGGGAAGCUGGAGCCCAUCUCCCCCGUCAGCCCGGCCCAGAUGGACCCAGAUCUGGACCUGGUGCCAGCCCGCUUCUCCAAGGAGGAGCUCAUCCAGAACAUGGACCGUGUUGACCGGGAGAUCACCAUGGUGGAGCAGCAGAUUUGCAAGCUACGCAAGAAACAGCAACAGCUGGAGGAGGAGGCAGCGAAGCCCCAGGAGCCGGAACGGUCUAUGAUCUCCCCCCCGCCCAGUGAGGCCAAGCACCGCAGCCUGGUGCAGAUCAUCUAUGACGAAAACAGGAAAAAGGCAGAGGAAGCGCACAGGAUUCUGGAAGGACUGGGACCCCGAGUAGAACUGCCUCUGUACAACCAGCCAUCUGACACCAAGCAGUACCAUGACAACAUCAAAAUAAACCAGGCGAUGAGGAAGAAACUCAUUCUUUACUUCAAGAGGAGAAACCAUGCUCGUAAGCAGUGGGAACAGAAGUUCUGCCAGCGCUAUGACCAUCUGAUGGAGGCCUGGGAGAAGAAGGUGGAGCGCAUUGAGAACAACCCCCGACGCCGGGCUAAGGAGAGCAAGGUGCGAGAGUACUACGAGAAACAGUUCCCUGAGAUCCGCAAGCAGAGAGAGCUGCAGGAGCGCAUGCAGAGCAGCCGGGCGGGGCAGCGUGGAGGAGGACUGGCCUCAUCUGCAGCCCGCAGUGAACACGAGGUCUCUGAGAUCGUUGACGGCAUAUCAGAGCAAGAGAACACCGAGAAGCAAAUGCGCCAGCUGGCGGUCAUCCCUCCCAUGUUGUUUGACGCCGAGCAGCAGCGCAUCAAGUUCAUCAACAUGAACGGCCUGAUGGACGACCCCAUGAAGGUGUACAAGGACCGGCAGGUCAUGAACAUGUGGAGUGAACAGGAGAAGGACACCUUCCGCGAGAAGUUCAUCCAGCACCCAAAAAACUUUGGCCUGAUUGCUUCUUUCCUGGAGAGAAAGACGGUGGCAGAAUGUGUCCUCUUCUACUACCUGACCAAAAAGAACGAGAACUACAAGAACAUUGUGCGCAGGAACUACCGGCGCCGUGGCAGGAGCCAGCAGCAACAACAGCAGCAGCAACAACAGCAACAACAACAACAAGUGAACCGCAGCAGCCAGGAGGACAAGGAGGAGAAGGAGAAAGAGAAGGAGGGAGAGAGGGAGGAGGAGAAGACUGAGGGGGAAGAAAAGGAGGAUGUAAUGAAGGACGAUACCUCUGGUGAGGACGGGGAAGACAAAGAGCCCACGGUGGCCUUAAAGGGUCGACGCACGGCUAACAGCCAGGGCCGGCGCAAGGGCCGCAUCACCCGCUCCAUGACCAGCGAGGUGGAGGAGACCGCCACGCCGCCGCUCAGCGGUGAACUCGCCAAUCUGGAGAUGAAUGAGAGCUCUCGAUGGACUGAGGAGGAGAUGGAAACCGCCAAAAAAGGUCUUCUCCAGUAUGGUAGGAAUUGGUCAGCCAUCGCCAAGAUGGUGGGCUCCAAAACUGUGUCCCAGUGCAAGAAUUUCUACUUCAACUAUAAGAAGAGGCAGAAACUCGACGAGAUUCUGCAGCAGCAUAAAAUGAAAUCGGAGAGAGAGCGUAAGGCGCGGCGUAAAGGCAAAGCUCUACAAAGUGAAGAGGCCAGUGCCCCGUCUGCUGCCGAGGAGGAGGAGAUGGAGGGCUCCGGGGCCAGCGGCAACGAGGAGGAGGCCCCCGAGGAUGGAGAAGGUGGUGCUAACAACAGCUCUGACACAGAGAGCCUACCCUCUCCGCGUUCCUCUGAGGACAGCAAGCCUAAAGAGGAGGGUAGUGGCAGGGCCAAAUCUGGCUCAAACUCUGGGGACAAGGAGGCCUCAGGUUCCCACAUGGGCCAGCGAGGAGAUGAGAAACCCCCAGAAGUGGGGAAGGCCAUCAAGCAGGAGGUGAAGACAGAGGCAGAGGAGGGCAGCAAGGAGCAGCCAAGCGAAUCCACAGACCGAGACAUGAAGCCCCCCACUGCAGAUGCAGAGGAGAGCAAGAGCUCAUCCAAGAGCUCCAAGAGGGACCAUGGGCCCAAGACGGGCUCCCACGCAGACAGUGACUCUAGUGCCACCUGCAGCGCGGACGAGUUGGAGGAGUUGGAUAGUACAGAGAAGAACAGGAUGACGUCUCCUAGCCGUCCCAGCCUGCUGAACUAUGCUCAUGAUGGGGUCAUCUCCUCCCCCCUGCAAAAGCCCAUGGACCUGAAGCAGCUCAAACAGAGGGCUGCUGCCAUCCCCCCUAUUAUGCCCCAGAUGCCGGAUGGUGGACCUCGGGGUGCGUGUAGUAAGGCUGAGCUGCCCCCCCAUGCCCUGGCUCUCUACCAGCAGCAGAUCACCAUGGCUCAUGGAGAGUCCUCCCAGGAGGCCAAGCAGCAUGCAGGUCAGCCCAGCAAACAGCACCCCUACCCAGCGCAGGGGGACCCCCAUAACAUCAGCAGCCCCCGCGUCCACCCACGCAGCCCCUCCGCCAGCGACAAGGACGAGCUGGAAGGCAACGAGAGGUGGCUGCAGACUCUACUUCACGGAUUACAUAAGUCCCGGGCCUUCUCUCCUCAUGGUGACCCUAAGAAGCAGCCGGUGGGGCCAGAGGAUCUGAGGGCCACUACCCUGGGCCGGCCCAUCAUGUCCCCCUACCCAAUGUCCCAUCGAGACAUGGCCAAGCUCAGCCACGACCAGCACCUACUCCACUAUAACUCCUCUUUCCAGCAGGCUGGCCACUCUGGGCCCCCUGGUCUGCAGCAGGAUGGUGCCAGAUUGGCAGCGGUGCUCCCCCUCCAUAUGCCAGAGCCACCCCCUCUCAUCUCCUCCAACAAGCCAGGGGGGUCUAUCACACAGGGCACCCCAGUGCAGCUGCAUAGCCCGGCUCAUGGGAUGGACCAUGGGAAGAUGCCCCCUGUACAGAUGGGUUUGUCCUGGAUGGAUCAGAGGAAAGUGGGUGAGUCCAAGUGUCUGGAGUGGGUGCAGCACUCCCAGCCUUGGUUUGCUGGUCCCUACCCGGUGGUGAAGCAGGAGCAGCUUUCUCCGCGGUGCCCGUCAUCCCUGGCAGAGAACCUGUCCACGCAGGGGAUGCCCCAUGACGCCAAUGCUGGACGUGGGUCUUUGCCAGCAGUGCAGGGGGGCAGCAUCACAAAGGGCAUCCCAGGGACCAGAGUGCACCAAGACUCUCCCAUCUCCUACCGGGGAGGCUCCAUCACCCAGGGCACCCCGGCAGAUGUGCUGUACAAGGGGACCAUAACCCGUCUGAUCACAGAGGAUAGCCCCAGCAGAGCAGAGAGGGAGCGGGAUGAGCUCCUGUCCAAAGGACACGUGGUCUAUGAGGGCAUCAGUGGACACAUCCUCACCUAUGACCGCCCACCCUCUCAGAACCCUAAAGAUGACGGCCGGGGCCAGCCUGGGGAGAUCUUGGGGCUGAAGCGCCCCUAUGAUGUCAGGGGGUUGCCCAUGAGGGAGACACUGUCUGCAGCUAACUGUGAGGGUCUGAUAGGCAGAGCCAUAUCUCACGAGAGAGACAACCCACACCCAACCCACCACAUCCGUGGUUCCAUUUCACAGGGUAUCCCCCGUCACCUGGACAUCCAGGAUGGCUACAUGAGACGGGAGGCCAAGCAGAUGAAGAGAGAGGGUUCCCCGUCCCAAGGGACUGGCCAGAUGGCUGAACCCAUGAAGGGUCGAGAGGCCAUUGUGCCCACAGUGAAGGAGGGGGGCCGAUCCAUCCACCUCAUCCCCAGAGAGGAGCUCCGACUGAUGCCCGAAGGCAUGAUGAUGCCCAAGGCUGGCAAAGACGGCAUCAUAGCACAGGGCACUCCUAUGAAGCAGGAGCAGGGUAGCUCAAGGAAGGGGCACGACGUUCGUUCCAUAAUCGCCAGCUCCCCACGCUCCCACUACGGCAUGCCCUCCCACCUGGAGAUGCGGGGACCCGAGCAGCGGGGCCGCUACGAGGAGGGUCCUAAGAGCCGUCCCAGCGCUGUGGUCAACACAGCCAGCUCCAUGGCUCGAUCCUCGCCCCUGGCAAUGGGGGGUGAGCAGGGUGGCAAGGCUCACCACAGCCCUGUGGGCUACGAGGAACACAAGGGUGGCAUAAGGGCUCCCUACCCUGGACCUUCUCACCGAGGAUCUCCCCUGUCAGGCCAGCGGCAGCAUGAAGGCUCCAAUAAGAACCAGCCUCAGGAGCGCAAGGCCACACCCACCCCUCGGGAGAUGAGCUCCGGCAAGUCACCCCUGCCGGGCGUUGCCGAGCAGCAGGCCCAACAACAACAGGCGUCCCUGGUGUCGUACGAGCGUCUGCUGCAGGGUCUGGGGGCCGACGUAUACCGAGGACAGAUCCCCCUAUCCUUCGAUCCUGCCUCCCUGCGUCAGGGCAUCCCCAUCGACCCAGCCUACUACCUGCCUCGCCACCUGGCCCCUAACCCUGGCUACCCUCACCCCUACCCCUACCUGAUCCGUGGCUUCCCCGACACGGCAGCCCUGGAGAACCGCCAGACGCUGCUCAACGACUACAUCACCUCACAGCAGAUGCACCAGUGGCCUGCAGCCGCCGCUAUGGCUGCCCAGCGCUCAGACCUGCUGAGAGGGCUCUCGCCACGGGACCAGCCCCUCCAAAUGCCCUACUCUGCUGCCCCACGCGGGAUCAUCGAUCUGUCUCAGGUGCCACACUUACCUGUCCUAGUCCCUCCCUCUGCAGGGUCUUCCUCCCCCAUGGACCGCAUCACUUAUAUCCCCGGGGGCCAGGGAGGCUUCCCCACCCGGCCUUACAACACCUCCCCCAUCUCACCAGUUGGGCCCCAACACAUGAGCAAGCAGCAUGGCACGCCAUCUACUGACCGCGAACGAGAGAGGGACCGCGAGAGGGACCGCGAGAGAGAGAGGGACCGCGAGAGAGAGAGGGACCGCGAGAGAGAGAGGGACCGCGAGAGAGACAGGGAGCAGGAGAGAGAGCGGGAUCGUGAGAGACAGCGAGACAGAGAGCGGGACCGGGACAGAGAGAAGGGGAUCUCUCAUGGCAACGUGGAACAUGCCCCCAUCUGGAGACCAGGCACAGAGCACAGCUCCGGUGGUAGCAGCAGUGUCAGGCCCUCCUCCCACUCCGGCUACAGCCACCAGCACUCCCCGGUGUCCCCUCGUACCCAGGACAGUGUCCAGCAGAGGCCCAGCGUCCUGCACAACACUGGGGGCAAGAGUCUGCCUGUCAGUGACCACAACAACCCUUCUGUGCUAAGGUCCAUGCCAGGCUCCAAUCGCUACCCAGGCUACAGCCACCUCCAGAGGACCGGGAUGCCUACUGAGGGCUACCCACCAAGCAUGGACCCCAAGGAAAUGGGCCGGGAUGGUGGCAAGAGCAGGGGAGGCCUUCCUAAACACACCCAAGACCAACAUGGGCCCUCUAUAUCCUCCAGCAAAUCUGACCCCAAGCUGGCCAACCCUAACCAAGGGGGUUACCCCGUGCCCUACCCCCAGGGCUCUGCAGCCUCUUACCACUCAGGCCGGCCCCCACCUCACCUGCUGCCCCCCCAGUCGGAUAGCCAUGUUGGCCGCGGAGAAAGUGGCACACCUAGUAGGGAAAAGACUCAAAACAAACCGAUGUCCGUUCAGGAACAAGAGCUCCGAUCACUCGGUAAGACCACCAUGACUGCGGCCAACUUCAUAAACGCGAUUAUCAUGCGUCAAAUUUCUUGUGAAACGGGGAUGCCAGAGACGGGCUCGCUCGUGGCCAACAGCGCCAGUGAUGCUCAACAAAAGAUGAUGCCCAUGGACCAGCACGGUCCGUACCGGCCUCCCUCCGAGGAGAGGCUGUCCCCGGGCCAGCAAUCCCCCCUGAUGAAAGGCAGCCAGAGGGUGGUCACCCUGGCGCAGCACAUCAGUGAGGUAAUCACCAAGGACUAUACCCGGCAGAGCCAACAGGCCCAGCAGCAGUCCUACAACAGCAACCCAGUCCUGGACCUAACCCGGCCCCUCAGCGCUCCACAUGCCCUGCCUGCCUCCCAGGAGUCUAGCCAGGGACCUCGCUACACCUCAGAGAGGACAGGAGGGGAACGUACUCGAGAUGGGUCUCCUCAGCCCAAGGCAUCACCUGUCAGUAUGUCUGCAGACGGCAUUGAGCCAGUGUCCCCUGCAGGAGCUAUGUCUGAACCAGAUACACAAGGGGCCUCCUACCCCAACGAGCAGGGAGAGCAGGGCAUGGGCUCUCGCUCCCCUCCCAACACCCAGCCCCCAGCCUUCUUUAGCAAGCUCACUGAGAGCACCUCGGCCAUUGUCAAGUCCAAGAAACAGGAGAUGAUCAAGAAGAUGACAGUGGUCGGCAGUGAAACUGAUUUCAAUACUGGCCAGCCAGGAACAGAGAUUUUCAACAUGCCUGCCUCUACCACUGCAGGACCUGUAAGUAUCCGAAGCCACCCGGCUCCUGAGGCGUCCGGUAACACCAUAGGCCUGGAAGCCAUUAUCAGAAAGGCCCUGAUGGGCAAGUAUGAUGACCAGGCCGAGGAGCGCCCUCCCUCCUCCAAUGCUAUUAACUCCAUGGCUGCCAGUGUGCCUGCCGCUAAUCCUCUCGCUGAUGGACGGACCGAGGACUCUUACUCACUACAAGGUGGGGGGAAGCCAAAGGGUAGCGGGCGCUCUAACGGGCGGAAGGCCAAAUCCCCCGGGCCAGGCCUGUCAGGGGGGGAGAGACCCUCCUCUGUGUCCUCUGUCCACUCUGAGGGGGAUACCAGCCGCCGCACGCCCCUCAUCAACCGUGUCUGGGAGGACCGGCCCUCCUCCACAGGCCCCACUCCCUUCCCAUGUAACCCCCUGACCAUGCGUUUCCCCGGUGGCAUGCCAGUGUCAGCGCCCUCCCCCUCCUCUGGCCAGCUAGGGGUCCAGGGUCUGGGGCAGGGGCGGGCCUGGGAGGAGGAACCUAAGCCCCUGUUGUGUUCUCAGUACGAGACCUUGUCUGACAGCGAGUGAGAGACCCUGCCAUGGAACAGAACAGCACCUACCAACUAUCAACCACCUCCACUGCUGCUGCAGACACACACACACACCACUCUACACUCUCCACCCCACUCUACACUCUCCACCCAGGAAAAGGAGUGACCUCUUAGCCUCCCAUCUCACACUGCUGACUGAGCAUCUCAAGCGCUGAUGGUGGUGUGCUGAGACACUGCUGCUCAGUGAAUGUGUGUGUGUGUUGGUGUUUCUGUGUAUACAUUCACUCCAGGACUACUCUAAAGGACAAAUCACUUGUUUUUUUACUUGCUCCCCCCCCCCCCUCUUGCUGGCCUUAUCAAUACGGACACAUCAAUUCAUUCACUUUGUUGUGUACGUUUCUAGUGUCUUCUACGGAUUGUGGAAGGGACUUGAUACGGCCACAUAGUCUGAUGUUCAUGUGUUUUAAUCUGACCUGUUGAUGGAUUCACUGGCCCUGGACAAGGAUGGAUGUGUCCUCUGUUGUACAGGAAUCCUGCUCUACUCUGUCUGGGCUCUGUGAGCAGGGUUUCAACCUGGAGCUUCAACUUGGAGAAGCCUGCUGCCUCCACUGACCAUCUCGAUCUCUCAUUCUUUCUGCCAAUGACCCCAUGGACAUGGAGUUAACCACACAGAGCUCUGCAUGGAGAGGUCUGCUAGGGAAGUGGACUCCUUCACUGACCCAUGUCACUGUGCAGAGGGCAGUGGGACAGGCAGGUAGCCAGGCAAAUGGCAUCCAUAGUGCAGUAGAGUACAGUACAUUAGUGGACACUCGGCCGGUGCAUUUCUACCACUAUCAGAUGAUGGACAGGAGGGAAAAAAACACAUUGUUUUCCUGUGUUUGUUAUUUCUCCUUUUUAAAUCAAGUCAGUCCAGUCUUGUGUUUGAAAGUGAGCUGAGACCGCUAGUACUUUUUAUGGUGAAUUUUGAUGGUGUCAGUUAUUGUUUCUUAUUUGCAACGAUUUAUCUUGGGGGGUACGUGGGAGGGUUAUAUCAUUGGUUAACAGGGUAUACAUGCUGUCCAUUGCUGAUUAUGUCAUCAUACAUUUGAAAUGUUAUAGGAGGACGGUGGCGGCGUAUGUUCUCCGGGCAUCCAAUAGAGAGAGUGGACUGUGGGUGUGAUGGAUGGCACUAAGAGACAAGUGACACUUUCUCACUCUUUGUAUAUGAAUCAUGUCUAUGUGUUUGUUGAGACUGUUUUUGGAUGUUAAGCACUUAGUUGUCAAUCUGUUCACAAUGGCAUUUUUAAGAAUGUGUGUUUCGGGCAGGUGAGAAUAGACUCAAGAAGAAGAGUGUAGAAUCCUACUAAUAGAAGCGUCCUCCUCCUUUAACAUCUGUUUCAUUUGGUCUUGCCACAUACAUGAUUUAGUGUUCCCGCACUCAAGCGACAAUCACAGCUAGUGAAACAUGACCUAGUCCGCUUAGUGCGGGUAGAGACCAACCUUAAAGCUGCUUUAGGGCAAAUUACCCGGCAUUAGAGUUGGAAUGUGCUUGCAUUAAAGAGGUGACAAAUAAAAGCCAUCUAUGUUUCUAUGCCCCUUGGACCAUGGUGGUGCCGGCUGUGGCUGUAGUGUGAGCCCCGGCUGGCCAGCUGGAAGUCUGUCUCUAGGAUGGAAUGCCUAUUGUCUCUAGGAGCUGCCUGUUGUGACGGUCUGACCUCUGAACUUUUACUGUCUAGGGGAAGAGGAGCUCUGCCUCACCAGGCCAGACGCACAUUUUUAUCUAGACCCAAUUUUGUACAGUUCUAAGAUUCCUAGUGUUAAGUGCCAUUCAUUUUACAGUAAUAUACAGUAAUAGUUACCAAGUGACGCACACAUUUCUUUAAAUAUUUUUUUUCUACGUGCCAGGGUUAUAAGUGUUUAUGCAGGGAAAUGUUGAAACCAAGAGCAGAUGAAAUGUCCUUCUUUUGAUGUCUUUUGUUUUGUCCAAAUCUGUCACAGCCUUAGCGCUUAACUGUCACUGUCACCCACACAUGAUUUACAAUGGGAGCUGCUAACUUACUGUUGUGAAUGUUAAGAUAUGAAAAGCAGUGUAUUCUGUCUGAGGAUUGUAGAACUUGCUGCUGUCACAUCAGGUUACCAUGACAAUGGGCAACGACAUGGUUGAAUGUCCUCUUGCUCUUUGCAGGCUAAGCAAUAGCUAUAUAAAAGGUGAAUGCCAAGAAGAAAGAUGUAAAAAAGGGUGCUGUUUGAAAGGCGAUCAUAUAAACAUUGCCCAAUUUGUUUUUACAGGCAACAUACCCUCAGUCCUUAGUGAAAGGUAUUAUAUUCUGGCAUGGUCCUGAUUCAAAGGAGGUUUAAACAGUCCAAAAGUUAGUGUUACAUUUGUGUGAUUUAAGUUUUUGUCCAUUUCAAUGAUGGUGUCCAUGGCUUGUAUUGACUGUUGAAGCCAGAGAAGCACAGCUGUUCUCAGUGUGACCUGUUUAGAGGGACUGCACGGCAGUGUGUUAUCCUGUCCACUAGUUGAGAGGGAGUUGAGUUAGUCAUGAUGGAGACGUGUUAGUAGUGAACGUGGAACAGCUUUCACUCCUUCCUCUUCACUGGAUUACAUAACGUUUCUACUCUGGCUACCUAUUAUACUGGUCAUGUUUGACAUCUAAUCAGUCAAGGUGCAGCUAUAUGAAAAGGCUGUAACUGGACCCAACCGACUACAAGGUAACCCCAGCUUUGUAUUAUAAGAUAGUUUGUGUCUUUACUUGUAUAUCAAUUGACUAUUCAUGAAGUCAUUGGGAGAGAGCAAAGUGACAGUAAAGUUUGACGUGACAAGAAGACCAAACCAUAUCCAGAUGUGUUAGCUAAAUAAAUAGCAGAGGAAAUGAGAAUAACCCGUUGUUUUUAAAUGUACUGAUGUGUAUUUGAAUGAUUUAUGCUUUUCACUCGUUUCUUACUUGUUCUUACACCGCUUGCUUUGAUUAUGGUCAUGACACUCUCCAUGCUAAUAGUUAGCAUUUCAUUUGUAAUGAAAGGAAUGUUUCAAAAUGAACGAAAAAUGAAUUAAUCGAAGGGCCGAUAGGAUCCCUGUAUUGUCCACAGGUUGGGGGGGGCGACGACAUUGACAUUGACAUUGAUCAACCGUAUUGUGCGUAAUGAUUUGUUUUUUUAAAUAAUUAUAACCCACUGUAUAAUAGCCAGGAUUGUAUAUAGAACUGAAGAGAUGUAAAUAUAUAUGUGGCUUGCUGCAAGGUUGGUAUUUACAGAAAAACUAUUCACACUGUUUAAUUCUACAUGCCCACCAGCAACCUUUGUGGAGAGCAGUGUAACAAAAACAAAAAAACACUGCCUUAAUGUUUAAAUAAAAAUCUUAUUGCCAUUGAAA